AUGGUCGGAAAGCUGCUCUUGAGGCUUCUUCGUAAGGCAAGAAGAGUGCUCCUUUGUGGAUGUCAACUACGACCCAAAAGUUAUCACAAAUUCCGGCAAACCCCUUUCGAUGAACGCAACUCUCCGAGUUCUACAGCGACCGUUCACGGUAGCCCUGUAUCCCUCUGUCACCGCCGUGAAUUUUAUCUCCACAGGAACGGCCACAUUUAUUCACCUGAGCGUACAUCACCAACUUCUGACUGUCCUCCUGAUGAUUGCUACCCCGAACACAAGAUUGAGGAGCGGAUGGACGAUGUGCGAUCGGCUAAUUAUUCUCCAGGAUUGAACGAGACCUGUUCAUACGAGACCUUGAGUCGAUUGAGCGACAAAUUCGAGGAUGUGAAGGGAGAACUGGCCAUUCGCAUGCAGGAGCUUGAGGCUCAGACCCUCCUAAAACAUCGAUGCAUGAAGAAGCUUCACGCGAUGAGGCAGAAGAUGGCUUCAUUGCAGGCUAAGAACAAAUCUUUCAGAAGAACUAUCAAAAAUCUCACUCGAGAAUUGCGAGAGUUGAGUGAGCCGAAGGCAAAAACUAUCGACCACGAGUGUCACCCGCCUCAGCCUAUUCAUGAACUUGAACAUCCCAAUCGAGCCUAUCAAGAAGACCUGUCCACCCAUUUCAGAUCCGCAGAGGAUCAGCAACGCGUCGGGUUUCCUACCCAACAAUUUGAAGUGCAAUCACCUUCCCAAGAAACAGAGCAUGCUGGUUAUAGCACUCAAUGGUCGAUUUGGCAGAAUGUGCAAAAUAUCAAUAAAAGUGUGCGGGCGAAGUGGACGAGAUCUGUCUCUUUGGACACAACCCGGCAGGUGGCUGCCCAGUGCUCGCAGUGGGUCUGGGAGCUGCUCUGCCUCGAAAAUCUCACUUCCCAACUUCGAGCAUGUGCACUUAGAUCCUGA